AUGCUGAAAGAACUCUCCGCGAUACCCCUCCGACCUCAUCCCGAACUCACCGUUUUACCUUCACAGCCGUCACCUCCAGUGAUACGUGCUUGGAAGGGUGACUCCCCACAGAUUAGUUCCCCACUCUCACCAUACAACUUCGACCCGCCGACGCCGGGCUCGCGCUCACCUUACUCGGCACGCCGUGCUCCUGAUACUCCUCACCAGCCAAAAACUCCCAAGACUCCUAAAACACCCCAUGCUACGCCUUCACGUCGCUUGAUGUCGAAGAAGAGCUUCGGGACGCUCGCUCGACGUCUAUCCUUUCUUACCUCGCGCCAUGCUCCCCCCUCUCCAGAUACACCACCGCCGAUGCCGCCACCCUAUACAGGCCCGCCGCUAUUCUCGCUUCCCGUCGAGUCACCGAAACCUCCGGAGUCCCUUGUGCUGGGCUCGUACCCACAGUUCUCUCCCUCCUCCUUUUUUCGCGGCAUCGACGCCCUCAAGCAUGACGACGACGCUAUCUCUAUCGAUCAUUGCCCAGCAAUCAACGUUGUCACCGAUGCGAAGGGUCUAGGGCUCGUAGCCCUAGACGGCACACCCACCCGCACUGGUCCCUCCGCCAUCAAUCUCCCUAGCCCACCUCCGAGAGCUGGCUUGCCUCCAAAUCCUCUCCCCUUGUUCUCUCGAAUCAGCCUAUUCGACGCUGAGAUCGUGGAUAUACCGCCGGAGGGUCCUCUGAGCGUGAGCUUAUCUUCAGACGAUCGGCAGUCCAUCGACCUUGGGCCUAUGCUGUUUGGUGCGCCGUCGUCGACGAAGCAUCGUGCUUCAGCACCCGCGCUCUCUUCAACGACAGAGAUACACGCCCGAAGGACAAAUUCAUCCGACGAUGGCACACUCCUUCCCGGAUCUCUCAAGUCCUUAUUCACCAUCCCGACGAUACCCUCCUUCCCUCUGGACGAAUUGGCGAAGCAUAACUCAAACGAAACGCUCCGUGGGUCGCCCUUGCCAGCUCUCCGCGAGAUCGAAUACUCGUUUCAGGCGCAGCGCACUUCCUACUCAGCGCCUUCUUCCCAGCAUGCAUCUCCGCAUGUAUGUGUGGGUUCUCCGCCCGCCAGCUCGAUACCGCAGAGAUCGUUAGCAUCGCUCUCACCUCCAUCUAUGCCUGUCUCCUCGGCGUCUCAGCAUUCGUCAAGGACAUUAUCUCCACAGUCCGGUCGCGACCCCUUGGAAGAGCUGAUAGCCGUCGCCGCCGAGUUAAAGUCCAUGGUCCGACCACCAAGUCUAAGCGGGCGCGCCGCACUACAUCCGCCAUCCCCCGCCUUCACCACCGUCACCGCCCUGUCUUCUCCGACAAUCCCUACGUAUCAAGAUGCCAAGGCGUUGGCGGCUGAGUUUGAAGCCGCUGGCGGACGAGUCCUGGAGAUACGCGUGCAUAGCGAGGAUAUCCCAGCUAUCGUCGUUGUACGACCGGAGAGCAUGUACUCCCUUCAUGCACAAGCAUUCUAUCCUGGUGGCGCAGAGCCUGUACCGGGAGCAGAACCCGAGGAGUAUCUACUCGCGCCACCACUUGCGGAUGAACGCGGGCGCGUGGACUGGUAUGUGCGCGAGCAAGAAGAUCUGCCGGCGUACGAGUAUACCGAGCCUCUUGCGAUUCCAAAUCGCUCUCCCGGCAUGAAGUCACGACCGCUUGGGGAGCCGACCUCUACAGACGAGUAUGAUGCUCAUCUUGUUCAUCCGGUACAACGAACUAGCGGGUCCCUCGGACGCAAGCGCGCCGCUGGCCAGGGAAUGACAUCACCUCCGACUGUACACCGGCAACGCAUAACGGCGAGACCGCUACAACGCCCUCAUACAUCGUCUCGAAGCGUCCUCAACACUCCCCCGCUGUCUUUUCCUACUUCUGUCGUUGAGCAUCCAGACCCAGCGCUGAACCCGGCUGCCAUAACGCCACGGAAGGGUUCUCUUCUCAAGCGUGCUCUUCGUCUGGCACCAGGCGGCUCCAGCACGGACGGUAGUGCGGUACCUUCUCGUAAACGAACGCAAACGGGCCCUCGCGAAGCUAUACGGCCUAUCAGGGCAUUAUCAGAGAGCGUGCGCUCGCGCGGAGGGAGGAUGUUCGACCGUGGAGCUGGGAGAACGCCAGCAGCGUCGCUCGUCCCCUCCAAAGACACCAUCGGCUCGCCGCGACCUUUGUCUCCCGUAACGCAGUGGGGCUGGGCAGAACAGGGUGUGCUGGUCGGUGUUCUAUGA